CGUAGAACGGGACGAUGCGGAGGUGGUCCGCGCGUCACCUCCUCCCCCUUCCAAUCCUGACGAGAUCCCCGACGACCGAUGCGGUCAGCCAACAUUCAGCGUAAAGCCGUCGUUAAUUUAAGACCGACGUCACGUCUCGUGUCGUCUUAAAUUUGUUGUUCGUUCAACGACGACCAGAAUCGAGGCGAGAGUCGAAACAAGCCGUGGGGAAAGCGAAGUUUCUUUGUUCGGAAACCCAGACGGUUCUCUGCGCAUAGACUGGCGACACGCACGGCGCAGCGCUGUUUGUGUUUGUGUGUUCUCGCGAGUUUGCGUUCGGUGCUCUCUCCGUUCGUUUGUCCCAUUUCGACAGACGGACAUCCGACGAAAUAUAUAUUAUACAUAUUGCGGGAUUUAUACUUGCGGUUGCGUUUACGUAGCUCCCGAAUUGUGUAAAUCUCCCGAUCAGAGAUUCUCCCGAGCGUCCGAGUGUCGUCGCGUCGUAAAACAAGGAGAAAGACGAGGAUACGUCGGUGCGUCGCUCGUAUCGGAGUGGCGAACGGAAAAGAGACGGAGAGAGCGCGGCGAAUACGGUGGCGUAACGCGGCGCGCGAGUGCUUUGUUUUGCCGAGCAGCUGAUCCGUGCGGCAGCAGCUUCUACGUGCGAACGUCGAACGACCGACGCGUCGGCGUUUUUUUUUAUCCGACGGCAAAUCCGGUGCGAGAUUCGCGCUUCCGGAACGUGUUGUGUGCGCGCACUCCGACGCGCGAGUUUCUUCUCUCCUCAAGAGAGCAUCCCGUCGGAACCCGAGAACAGGAAAGAAAAAAAAAAGACAAGGGUUCGCGUUACGCCGUUGGAAAGAGAGGCAUCCUUUCUCCGCACGAGAGCGUCAUCGAACCCUUCGUCGGGACAACGCCGACUCUUUGUUUGCGGGACAUUUAAUAAAACACACGAGCAAGCGGCGGCGGCGGCGGCGGCGGGUUGGCCCGAAUCGAUCGCCGGAACUUCGAACGUUUGUUGAUUUCCAUGAAAUCGAACGUCGUCAAGUAUCAAUAAAAAAGAGCGCGUUAUCGAUCUCUUCGUUAAUCUUGGACAUUGCUCGAGGAUCGGAGAGGUUUCCUUGAAGAAAAGAAAAGAAAAAAAAAAAAGAAAAAAAAAACGACUCUUCUUAGAAGAAACACCAGAGAGACUCUGCGAUUUUAAAGGUUUCCUAAGGAACUUAGAGAGUGCCAAGCUUUGUAAAUCCGUCUGUGUCCACUCGGUGCAUUUAUAAAACGGGCCGCGCUCGAUCGAAUGAGCGUGGUGUGACGUAAAAUACGGUCGCGCGUAUAUACGUGCCGCGUCGCAACGGAGAAUUUGUGUUGUGACACAAGAAACGCGCGCGGAUCGACCCGGCGCGUUGCGUGUUGCUCGUCUGGUCUCUUCGCGUACGGGCAGAAACAGAAGAGAUAAAAAAAAGGAGUGAAUCUUUGGGAGCAAAUUUUUGUUUUUUUUAUCUCUCCAAAGUAAUCUUUCUCCGUUUUUACGUUUCUCAAUUAUCCGGAGAACAAAGAAAAGCGACGACGCGCGCGCGCGAAGCCGAGACGACGAGGUGACGAGUUCGUCGUCGAAACAAACGGAAAACAUUCCUGCGAAAUUCUGGAUGAUUCUCUGCGACGCGGCGUUGCCAUCAGGUAGCUGGGCCAGGUCUAGGGACCGACGACGAGGAUCGCAGUGAUCGAUGCGGUAUAGUCCUGAGGGGGCCGGCCUCGCGAACUAUCGAGAACGUGGGGUACGGCCCCGAUCGAGCUGACUAGGGGAACCCUCGAGGCCCGAAGGUCUCCCGACUGGGCACCCCGAAAGCUCCAAAUUACCAAGUCUUUGUUCUCCCUGCUACUAACUGGGAUUACCACAUCACCAGCUUCAAGAUGCUGUACAUAUUUCACGUUGACACCGGCACCACCAUCACCUUUGACAUCAAGCUGGCCCUGCAAAGCGUCAGCCAGCUGAUGGAGGCGAUCGAGAGAGAAUGCGGCGUGGUAGCGGCGCAUCAGGUACUGCUUAUGAGCGGAGGCGAGUGCCUGGAACCGAACGCGCGCGUGUGCUCCUACUCAGCUGGAACCGAUACGAAUCCGAUCUAUCUGUUCAGCAAGGCCGCCAUUGAGAACAACCUGCCGCCCACGCCGAGUAUAGAUUACGGUUCUGAUGUCGACCUUCAAACUCAAAUCGACAACUCACUGGCGAUGCCGGCCACCUAUCAGACUCUUUGCUCACGUGCUCAGCUAGCUCAGCAUUGUUGCAAUCUCGCGCGAGAGCAAACCAGAAUCUGCGAGAAGCUGGUCCACGACCAGCAUCUGCAGCAGCAGGGCUGGGCCGCUGUGGUUGCGAAUCUCGAGGACAUCACGCAGAUGUUUCAGUCGCGAGCCGAGCAAUUCCAGCAGUCCUUCGUCCUGUAUCUCGCCGAGAGGCAGCAGCAUAUGGAACUCCUCGACAACUUCAGCGCCGAUCUUGGAACUCUGGCAAAAAUUCCGAUUCUGCCAGCCUUGAGGGCCCAAGCCGAGGGCCUGUUGAGCCCGGACGAUCAACCGAGUCAGUCCUCCGAACCGACGUUGGAAGACGGGGGAGAAGUGCUCAGUUUACUUCGAUGGAUUUCAGCUAAGGACAAUCAGAGCAGUUUGGAGCAAGUGGCUGAGCACUGCUCCCGUGGUUUGGAACAGUUCAACGAACAACUAAUGCAGGCUUUGAAAGCCGAGGUAGAUGCGGCUAUCGAACAGGCCAACAAACAAGAUAUGAAGGAAAUCAAGGGAUUAGGCGAGAGGUUGUUCGCUUUGGAGCAACUGAUGGUACAGAGCAAGAAGCUUGUUCACGAGCAGGGUGAGCUGGCUCAGGGUUUCAUGCAAAAUCAGAGUCGGGCGAGCAAUUUAGGCGACCCGAGCAUUCUGCCGGACCUCUGCACUUCUCACCGGAAGCAAUUAGUCGUCAUGCUGCAGGCUCACAAUCAGCUUCGUGAUAUCCGUCGCAGAUGCACCAAAGCGAAAGAGGAGCUCUCGGUGAAUAUUUACCAUCGCCUCAAGUGGAUCAUGUACGUGGAGAACAAAAUGGUGGAAGUGGGCAACAAGCUGAUCAUAUAUCACGAGAGUUUGAAGCGAUUGAGGAGACAUCUGGAGGUGCUCCAACAGAUACACUUAGCCCCGGAAAUGUACAUAAGCGCGGUGGUUGAGGUUGUUAGGAGGCGCACCUUCUCCCAAGCUUUUCUAGUGUGGGCCAGCAAUCUCGCAUGUCAGUUGAUGACGGUUCACAGCGAGGAGUUGGCGCGCAGACGAGAGUUUCAGAACAAGUUUGACGGCCACUUCUUGAAUACUCUAUUUCCGGGUCUAGAAGACACACCGCCACCCUUUGCGACACAGGCACCUUCUGUCUUUGACAACGGGCUACCCAAGUUGACUGCGGAUGAUAUGGAAUCGUUGAGAGCGCAACUUCCAGACUUAGCGCUUACAAUUUCUACGCCGGAUCUGAACAGCAUCACGCAGUUCUUCUUGUCUAAGAGUUUUUCCGAAGGUAGUACCGAUGGCAACAAGGAGAAAGACGUAACGUCCGUGAGCACCGACAUUCCAAAAGAUCAGGAGCGCACCAGCAGAGCGCCGUUGUUGUCUGACAGAGGAGGCUUCGAAUCGGAAACCGACACGGAGGAGUUUGAGAAGAUCGGCCAGGCCGGCGUGGACGCGGGCAAACCCGGCGUGUUUGACGGGGCGAAACAGAAACGACAGAAGCAAUUGGAGGUUGGUGCCUCUCGAAGCGUGUCCCCCGCUUCCUCGACCUCGACUAACGUCUCCCCGUUAAACUCGAAAGUCGCGGACCUAACGACACGUUCGUCCACAUCAAGCGAACCCGGUUCAUUCCAAUUUCCCAGCUUGUCCACCACGAGCGAGCGCCCGGCUCAACUGAGUCCUCUGACCGAGUGCGCGGAGAAUGGCGCCGCCGAUUCCUCCGUUUGCUUGCUCCACAGCGAUCUCUCCAACUAUCGCGACGCCAUGCCUAUCGAGGAACAACAUUCCCUGAGUCCGAAUCCUCCUUCCUUGCCACGGUCCUCCGUCAUGUGCGAUGGCCAGCAUCAGCUGCAUCAACCGUUGUCCGGUAGCGGCGGUAGCAGCCCGUCCGUCGGCGUGGGCGCUACCGACUUCAUGGGUACCGAAUUUUACAUGGAUGAAUCUCUGCCAAGCAGUCUCAGCGAGCAUCCUGCCGACGGUCAACAUCAAGCUAUCGUGUCCCUUCUUCAGGAGAAUCUCGGUAACACACGCGAGGAAGUGGAGAGACUGCGCUCCAUUUUGAAGACAAUGAAGGCAGUUGUGUGCGAGGAAUUGUCCUCGAUCCGAAACGAACUGGCGGUUUUGCGAGAUCAGUCCAAGGAUGACAAGAAUGAUGUUGCCGAGAUAACGGAACGCAUUCGAAUGGCACUGUCUUUGUAUUCGCAGGAGUACGACCGGAAUCUUCAGAAGCGCGAGCAAGAAAUGGCGAUCGAACACGAGUUCAAGUUGUCAGAUUUGACGAAACUGAUGCAGAGUCGCGAGGAAGAGACCUGCUUGCUCAAACACAGCCUCAUGGAGAAAGAGUCGGAAUUAGUCGAACACGAGCGAUUGGUAACCACGAUGCAUCAAAAGUUGGAGGACGCACAACUCGAGAGCAGGAAUAUACAAACUCGUUUGCACCAGCAGCUUGAAGAAUAUUCGAGAAUACUGACGCAAGCGCGUAUAGAUAAAGAAGAGGCGGUGAAAAAAACAAACGAUGAGAGAUUUCUUGAGAUCACCUCUCUGACGAACUCUUUGACGCAAUGUCAGAAGCGAAUUAAAGAACUGGAAGAUAAUCUGAACACCGCUCGCAGCGAUCAGGAUAGGCUGGUGAAGGAGGCGACUGACAAAUUUCAAUUGGAAUACAAGGCGGAGUUGGAAACCAUUCGGAGUCGUUUCAAACUUAUGGCCGCUUCCACAAUGGAAAGAAGCCCCAGCGAUUCUAGUCUAGAAAAAAUUGAAAGAACAGAUGUUAUCGAGCUCGCAAAUCACGAGGCGAUAGUGGCGCAAGUGAAGGAAGAUAUGAAACAGGAAAACGCCGCGGCACUUCGCACCGCUAUUGAGAAGGAAAGAAACGAUUGCAUGGGAAAAUUGGACACCGAAAUGAGAUGGGUGAAACAAGUGCUCGAGGAGAAAAACAGAGAGAUAGAAACGUAUAAGAUAAAAACAGCUGCGUUAAUUAAUAAAGGAAAACGUUAUCAGAAUAUGUUGGAUCAAUUGGUUGGGCAACUCAAAACGGACAUACAGCCAAAAUUGAGGGAGAAGAUGCAAGAUAUAGAAGCAGAUUCGGCAUGGUUGCAGAACUGCUGCGAAGAAGCCGUGGAGAAAACGAUACGGGAGCUAUUGGAACAAAAUGAAAUUGGUGUGUAUUCUCUAGAAUCUGGAGUGCGCAAGGAUUCGAGCUACGAUCAAUUGGACGCCAAUCAAGCUGGUUCGGGAGAAUUAUUCAAAGAUCUAGAAGCCGACAUUCAAGUCUCGGAAUCAAAGAAAGUGCGGCUGGAAGCUGACAAGAACGAUUUGGUUCGGUUGUCAAGGCGACUUGAAGCACUCGAGAACGAUAACAAGAGGCUAUCUUCCGAAUUGAACGUGAUACGCGCGAGCAAAAUCGCGGCCGAAGCAAAAGUGGAAACUUUAAUGACGGAUAAGUUUCGUUUAGAAGUCGAGUUACUGAAGGAACGAACUAAGAAGGUAAUUAGUGCCGAUUUAGUACCUUCGGAAAGCCGCGAAAAAGACAUGAACGCGUCGGUGGCGGUAGUUUCGGAUUCAUCUUCGAGCAAAGACGUAGCUACCAGCCCGGAACCAAAUCGACGACCAUCUUCCAAAUCACUAUGCUUCCAUUCCCCGUUUCCUAUAUAUACGCAAAAGAAGAUCGAAAAGACGUCAAAAGUGGCAAAGAUGGUGCAGGAGGGAACUGUGACCAUCACUAGCUGCAAUCCAGGUGACAUAGUAGUUGUCGCCUGGGAUACUGAACACGGCAAUUACGCGAUAUAUCAGCAAUCCUCAACACUGUAUUUUCUUCAUUCGGAUUGCACCGACGUCAUGGAAAGAAUGUGCUCCCAGAAGUACGUUCUUGCUGAAGUGAUCGACAAGGAAUAUUGUCACGCGAGAAAGCAGGAGAAUCGGUAUCACGUUCCGCUUGGUACGAAAUUCUACAGAGUGCGCGCUAAACCACGAGACGGACUCGACGAAGCAGGCGCGAUGUCAAAAAGUCAACUGAAAGACCGACGAAAGAGAAUCGAUGUCGAAUAGGCAGACGUAAUUUUCCGUUCAGAUUAAGUGUCAAGAAUCCAAUCCUUGAUUCUUGCCUAGUACAAGCGCUGUGAUCGAGGGUUUGUGUCGGCAGGCCGCGUUCAUUGAGGGACCAGCGACCCGGAACGCAAAUCCCGAACUUACGUCUCCGCAACCAUCCGGAUACUUCGGAUCUAGGUUAAAACCUGCCAGAGCCUCUAGACGCAUCCUUGAAUAAUCAAUGUUUAAGGUGAUGGUCCACGAAAAGAGGUAUGCGCAAGUUUUUCGGACGACACGAAAUGAGACGGAAGGAUGCGCCGGCGUUUUAUUGUGAUAUAAGUAAUUUUUAAAACGAGAGAAACAUAUUUGCCGAAUGCGCUGUGGCUAGCUGUGAAGCAUAACGAUAUUUGUAUUCUUUGAUUUUUCUUUUUUCAAAUGAUAAAGCAAAGAGAACAAAAAAAAUUGAACGUCGUCAACGAUCUUCUCAUUUAAUAAAAAUUCGAUAGGCUGACCAGUGUGUAAGAGAGAAAUUGUUUAAACUUCUCGACAUUAAACAGUGCGAGAAGACGAAAGUGUGUCCUUUGUAAUAACGUGUAGCUUCCUCUUUCCGCAUUCUGACGAGUACCUUUGCAAUGUGUAAUGCAAAAGGGAAAAAAAAACGUAAUUGUAAGUUUUACAAAAAUUGAGAUAUAGAAGAAAAAAAAAACGUGCGAUGUUUACGUACACAGUGAAAUACAUACAGUACUGGACGAGUGUAUAUAUCGAUAGCUAUACUUUUGCCACCAAUACUUCGAAUGUUUACUUAACUUAGCGAUAUAUCAAUUGCACUUCAACGAAGUGAUUUAGGAGUAGGUAGCAAUGUGUGUGUGUAAAAAAAAAAUAUAUAGCUAUAGAAUUAUAUAUACAUAUAUAGUUUAU